UUCUUUCCGAUGGGUCUGAUGUGAUGUGAGUCUCGUGUCUGACAGUCGACCUCCGUUCGUUCCUUUCAUCAUCACCAUAAUCAUCUUCACUUCAAUACAGUCUUGUUGUUAUUUUUCAUCAUUUCUUAACCAAUCUAUCUAACGUGUUCCUAUCAACAGUCGCCAUAGACUGCAACUGCAACAACCUUACUUCCAUUGUCAACUUACCAUCCAUCCACCUUGUUCAACAUUAUGCAUCCUCUUCAUCAUCAUCAUCACCAACAACAACAACAUCACCAAUCCAAUAAUCACCAUGUUCAUGACCAUCAUCCCUCGAAUCAACAACAAUCUUUACCAUCUUCCAGUACAGGUGAUUUACUGAUACGAAAGAAGAGACGAGGAAUGGUUGAGAAGAAGAGAAGAGACCGAAUCAAUGCUUCUUUAAAUGAACUUAAACGACUUGUACCUGCUGCAUCAGAGAAACAAGGAUCAGCUAAACUCGAGAAAGCUGAGAUUUUACAGUUAACUGUUGACCAUUUGAAAGUUUUACAUUCUAAAGGCUUUGAUACAUUUUCAUUUGAACCAUAUGCAUUUGCAAGUAAAUACCAUAAAUUGGAUAAAAUUGGAUUUGAUGAGUGCUUCAAACAAGUUGAUCAAUAUCUAUCCAACGUUGAGGAAAUGGACCAUCAAAAUCCGUUGAGAGUUCGUCUUUAUACUCACCUUUCUCGUUAUUCAACUCAACGAGAGUCAGCCUUAAAAUUGGCCUCAUCCGCUGCUAGUGCAUUCACAACUCCAUCUCAGUUUCAACCACUUCCAAUCACAUCAUCAUCACCCUCUUCAUCAACCUCAACAGGAAUGACAUCAGUUCCAGCCAACACAUCAUCAACCUCGUCUUGUGAAAAUCUUACAAUUUUAGGAUCAAACUCUUUGCACUGUAACAGUUCUUCAGUUACUGAUGUAAAUAACAAUCUUCAUUACCCACCUCCUCCUCCACCACCACCAACAACACAUCAAUCUUACCCUCAUUCCUAUGCACAUUCAUAUCCUCAAGCUCAUCACAAUGUACAUCAGUAUUUACCUGCAGGAUAUCCUCCAACAUCAUUCCCAACUCCAAUUCAAGACCAAAGUCAGUUGACCGGUCUUAAACUCUGCCGUCCAUGGGGACCUGAACUUGCUUACUAGAAAGUGAUCAACCUUUUAAACUCUUCAUAAAGGGUUAUUUGCCUUGUUCCUAGUCAACAUUCAAACAUGGAAUAACUUUCAUCUUGUAAAAAAAAUUAUAUUUUUUGCUAAUGUAAAUACAAUUUAUACAAAAGUCUAGUCUACAGAAGACAUUUCUAAUUCAGGAAUAAAUUAUCCAAUCAACAUAAAAAU